GCCAUGGCGGCUUCUUCGCCCGCCACCCCUCAGCGGGCGCUCACCGCCUCGCAGCAGCUCCGCGGCCUCUUCUACGCCCUCACGCCCAACGAGAGCUCCUUCUGCGUCGUCGAGGAGGUGCCCGAUUACACAGACAAGGCAACUCCAUGGUUCAUUACCCUGAUUUUUCUAGAGUUUAUUGUUAAGUGGGCUCAGAAGGGAUCAUCAGCUCGGGUCAAUGACAGCAUAGCAUCUCUCUCUGCAGGGAUCCUGUCUCGACUUCCAGAAGCUUUGUUUAUAACCAUUGAGCUGGCAAUAUACAUCUAUGUGUGGGACAACUACAGACUUCUGGAACUGCCAUGGGACUCACCGUGGACAUGGUAUUUGACAUUCCUUGGAGUAGAUUUUGGUUACUACUGGUUCCACCGUAUGGCUCAUGAGAUUAAUUUAUUGUGGGCAGGACACCAAGCUCAUCACAGUUCUGAGGACUAUAAUUUAUUCACAGCAUUAAGACAAUCCAUCCUGCAGAAGUAUGCAUCUUGGAUAUUCUACUUGCCCAUGGCUCUCUUUAUUCCUCCCUCAGUGUGUGCUGUUCAUCUCCAGUUUAAUCUCCUUUACCAGUUCUGGAUACAUACAGAGGUUAUUAAGAAUCUCGGCCCUUUGGAGUUUAUUCUCAACACACCUAGUCAUCACAGAGUACAUCAUGGAAGAAAUCCAUACUGCAUUGAUAAGAACUAUGGUGGCACACUGAUUAUUUGGGACAGGAUUUUUGGGACAUUUGCUGCAGAAAAUGAUAAAGUUGUAUAUGGCCUAACACAUCCAAUUAACAGCUUCGAACUCUUCAAGAUUCAGUUCCAUCAUUGUAUUUAUAUAUGGAAAACAUUUUGGAAUACUCCUGGAUUCUGCAAUAAGCUUUCUGUCCUGUUCAAGGGCCCAGGAUGGGGGCCAGGCAAGCCAAGACUUGGUCUUAUGGAGGACAUCCCAGAGGUUACUGGAAAGGAAGUUCCCUUCAGCCCCACAUUACCAAGCUAUCUUUGUGUCUAUGUAGUUACGCAUUUCGUCUUAAUGCUGGGAUUUUAUGUUGAUUUGAUUGCUACAAAAUAUACGUUAUCACAGGUAACUAUUCUCAUGAGAGUUGGCUACAUUAUCCUGACACUAACCUCCAUUGGAUUCCUUAUAGAGCAAAGACCUGAAGCUCCCUUCUUGGAAUCUAUCCGCUGUUCCACUUUCCUUGCCCUGCUCAAACUUGGUUACUUGAAAACUUACAUUGCGCUUCUGUCAAUGACAUAUGAGGUGUUGUUUUCACUCUGCAUUGCUUUUUGGGGAAUACAAAUGAUGAAGAAACUCGCCUCAAGUGUAGCAAAGCAGCACUGAAAAGAAAUAUGUCCAAAUCUCCACAUUAGGAAUGCAAGAGCCUUUCUAGAUCAGACCCAGAGGUCCUCCUGGUCCAACAUCCAACAGUGGCCUACCAGAUGCCUAUGGGAAUCCUUCAAGCAGGAUACGAGCACAGUCGUGUUCUCUGACAUAUCAUCCCCAGCAACAAGUAUUCAAAGACUAAUACUUGGGGUAGUGUGUGGCUAUUGUGACUAGUAGCCAUUUAGAGCAUUUUCCUCCAUGAAUUUGUCUAAUCUCCUUUUAAUGUGUCCAAGUUGGUAGCCAUCAUCACAUCACAUGGCUGUGAAUUUCCAUAAUUUAACUUCACUGUGUGAAGAAGUACAGUGGACGCUCAGGUUGUGAAUGUGAUCCGUGUGGAAUGCACGUUUGCAACCCGCCGCAUUCA